CGGGCCUGGGGAGGCCGAGGGGUUCCGCAACACGGAGGGCGGGAGACUCUGGGCCGCGCGGGAGCCGGAGGGGCGCCCCGGCCUCCGUGGGGACGAUGGCGGAGGAAGAAGGACCAACUAUAGAACUGCGCCAAAGAAAAAAGCCAAAGUCUUCAGAAAAUAAAGAAUCUGCCAAAGAAGAGAAAAUCAACAAUACUGCAAUUCCUGAAAGAGUUCCAAAACAUAUAUUAUUUCAGCGCUUUGCAAAGAUAUUCAUUGGCUGUCUUGCAGCAGUUACUAGUGGUAUGAUGUAUGCUCUCUAUUUAUCAGCAUACCAUGAACGGAAAUUCUGGUUUUCCAACAGGCAGGAGCUUGAACGGGAAAUCACAUUUCAGGGUGAUAGUGCCAUUUAUUAUUCUUAUUAUAAGGAUAUGUUAAAGGCACCUUCAUUUGAAAGAGGUGUAUACGAACUGACACACAAUAACAAAACUGUAUCUCUGAAGACUAUAAAUGCAGUGCAGCAAAUGUCUCUAUAUCCAGAACUUAUUGCCAGCGUUUUAUAUCAAGCAACUGGUAGCAAUGAGAUUAUUGAGCCAGUAUAUUUCUAUAUUGGCAUUGUUUUUGGAUUGCAAGGAAUAUAUGUCACUGCUUUAUUUGUUACAAGUUGGCUUAUGAGUGGAACUUGGCUAGCAGGAAUGCUAACUGUUGCAUGGUUCAUUAUUAACAGGGUAGAUACGACAAGAAUUGAAUACUCCAUUCCUUUAAGAGAAAACUGGGCACUACCAUAUUUUGCAUGCCAAGUUGCUGCACUUACAGGCUAUUUAAAAAGCAACUUAAAUUCUUAUGGAGAGAGGUUUUGUUACUUGUUGAUGAGUGCUUCAACUUACACAUUUAUGAUGAUGUGGGAGUACAGCCACUACCUCUUGUUUCUUCAAGCAAUCUCUCUCUUCUUGCUAGAUAGUUUUUCACUGGAGCAAAGUGACAAGGUUCAUGAAGUUUAUAAAAUCUAUAUAUUUUCUCUCUUUCUGGGAUAUUUACUGCAGUUUGAGAAUUCAGCUUUAUUGGUAUCUCCUUUAUUAAGUUUUGUAGUAGCCUUAAUGCUUGCUAAGUGCCUUCAGCUGAAUGUGAAGAAAGGAACUUUCGUGGCUAAAAUAAUGAAAGUGAUUAAUUUUUACUUGGUGUGUACUCUGACAGUGAUAUUGAAUAUUAUAACGAAGAUGUUUGUCCCACACAAAGAAAAUGGACAUAUGCUGAAAUUCCUUGAAGUAAAAUUUGGACUAAAUAUGACUAAGAAUUUUACAAUGAAUUGGCUCCUAUGUCAAGAAUCCCUUCAGGCACCAUCUCAAGAAUUUUUUUUGCGAUUGACACAGUCUUCUUUAUUACCUUUCUAUAUUUUAGUGUUAAUUACUUGUUUUCUUUCUAUGAUUCAAGUUAUUUUUAGGAGAAUUAAUAGUGGUAAGUCCCUGAAAGAAACUAUUACGCUUGAAGAUGGACAAAUUGGAGAAAGGCCAGAAAUAAUUUAUCACGUGAUUCACACUAUUUUAUUGGGCUCUCUUGCAAUGAUUAUAGAAGGCUUGAAAUACCUCUGGACUCCUUAUGUGUGUAUGUUAGCAGCAUUUGGUGUAUGUUCUCCUGAACUUUGGAUGACACUUUUCAAGUGGCUUCGAUUACGAACUGUACACCCAGUAUUGUUGGCUCUUAUUCUGAGCAUGGCUGUCCCUACUAUAAUAGGUCUCAGCUUAUGGAAAGAGUUUUUUCCAAGAUUAAUGACAGAAUUAAUGGAACUACAAGAAUUUUAUGACCCAGAUACGGUGGAACUUAUGACCUGGAUAAAAAGGCAAGCUCCAGUUGCAGCUGUUUUUGCAGGAAGUCCACAGUUAAUGGGUGUGAUUAAAUUAUGCACUGGAUGGAUGGUGACAAGCUUGCCUCUUUACAAUGAUGAUGAUCUUCUCAAGAGAAAUGAAAAUAUCUAUCAAAUCUAUUCAAAGCGAUCUGCUGAGGAUAUUUAUAAAAUACUGACAUCCUACAAGGCUAAUUACCUAAUUGUAGAAGAUGCUAUCUGCAAUGAGGUGGGAACCGUGAGAGGCUGUAGGGUUAAAGAUUUAUUAGACAUUGCAAAUGGCCAUGUGGUUUGUGAAGAAGGUGACAAGAUAACCUACUCAAAACAUGGAAGAUUUUGUCAUGAGGUCAAAAUUAACUAUUCUCCUUAUGUGAAUUAUUUCACUAGAGUAUACUGGAACAGAUCCUACUUUGUAUAUAAAAUCAACACUGUGAUAUCCUUUCAGUCUUGAAAAAUAGCAGAGCCUUCAUUUCAAAGACUUAUACCACCUGAAGUAAAAUGCAAUUUUCUUCUACCUACGUGGUGUCUUUUGGAAAUCAGAGUAUGGACGUUUGAAAUGUUGCUGCUGCUUUUCCCCUCCUGCUGUUAACUGGAUCUAGAAUUCUGUGGGGGGAAGAAGAUCAAACAUUACUGUACUUUGGUAAAAUGUCAAAUCUGCCACUCUGCAUCAUUCCAGCCAGGUGUUUUCCUUAUUGCUACAUGGUCUUUAAAGAUUUUACCUUCUAAACUAUUGUAAAAUUUUCCUCAUAAAUCUUCAUUCCAUCAUAACAUUAGUCUUGAAUUUGAAUAUGUUCAAGGUCAGAGUAUAUAUCUCAAAUAUAACAUUUAAUAAAUACUUAAUGUGAUAUAGAAUAGAAGGAAAGAAUUAUUCUUUCCCUCAAGGCAGUUUCUGAAGGU